AGAUGACAUAUUUAUGCAGAAACAGGUAUUUUCUUACACUGCUGCCUGAAAAAAUGUGUGCAUUCAUGCUCAUGAUUCUUUCAUUAUUAUAUCCAUUGUUGUUAUCAGAUGAGAACAUGGAUAUUCAGAGGGGCUAAAUGACCUACCCAAAGUAGGUCUUCUGGUUACAAAUCCUGCUCCAGGCUGCCCUAAAGGAAAAGGGAAGCAGCAAUGGAUAAGAAAAGAGAAAUGGUUCUAGAGAGAAGAGGUACUCCCAUGUAGGGAUUCAUAAAGGCAUAGAGCACCUAGAGAUUUGCUGCCUCCAUUACGCUGCUGGGUCUCACAGCACUUGUUAUGUUUUUAAGUUUCUCUCCAGAAGAGAUUGGAAACCCAAGUGCCUACAGAGGCCAGUCUGGUGGGAAUGAAGCAGGAAGCCACAGCAGUGACCUGGAGAGCCAAGUUCUUUCUGAAGGAGCAGCCGCUGCUCUGGUCCAGAUAAUUGUUGCAAAGCAGGAAUGUUAACCUAGUGAUGCCACUUUGUCCAGUUUAUCAGGCUACAUUAUUGGAAUUUUGAAGACAUGAAAACAUCAGAUGAACCAACCUGCAACAUCUUGGAUUCAGAUUGGAAGAUGAAGAGAAAGUUUAAAGAAUGUGGCCUAUAAAGGCGGGUAGUACCUGGAAAUAUUAACCGACUGGCAUUGUAAAAAUGAGACUGGUUUCUAAAGAGUAGAGAUUAUUUUAGUCCAACAUCAAGGUUCAAGACAAAAUGUUGAACUAAAAACUUUACCCCCCUCCCCUCCCCCACUUCAGACAGGUACCAGCAUUAGUGAAUAUGAUUUUCCUUAGCCAGAAGCACUCUGCUUUACCCAUGUAGACCAUCCUUAGGAAUUAAAUAUUGGUUAUUUAAUGUAGAUUAUAAUGGGAAACUGAUUUUUUCCACAAUGGCAGAUUUCAAGGACUUGGUUCCAAACUGAGCCGGAGCAUCCCAGUGCAUUGUGUACAGUCUGGGAACAACUAUGCUGCACUGGCCGUUUUUGAAGGCCAUCAUGCCCUGUAAUAUAAGGAUAUCAUCUUCUUGCUGAUAUCUUUGGAGAGUCCCAAGCAGACACAGAAAAUGAAUGGAGGCAAGGAGUGUGACGGAGGGGACAAGGAUGGAGGUCUUCCAGCGAUACAAGUUCCUGUGGGUUGGCAGCGCCGUGUGGAUCACAAUGGAGUGCUUUAUGUCAGUCCCAGUGGGUCUUUGUUAUCUUGCUUGGAGCAGGUUAAAACAUACCUGCUUACUGACGGAACAUGCAAGUGUGGCUUGGAAUGUCCUCUUAUUCUUCCCAAGGUGUUUAAUUUUGAUCCUGGAGCUGCUGUGAAGCAGAGAACUGCAGAAGAUGUUAAAGCCGAUGAAGAUGUCACAAAGCUAUGCAUCCAUAAAAGGAAAAUCAUCGCAGUGGCCACACUUCAUAAAAGCAUGGAAGCCCCACAUCCUUCUCUGGUGCUUACCAGUCCCGGAGGAGGAACAAAUGCGACUCCAGUAGUACCUUCACGGGCAGCAACUCCAAGAUCCGUAAGAAAUAAGUCUCAUGAAGGAAUUACAAAUUCUGUAAUGCCUGAAUGUAAGCAUCCUUUCAAGUUAAUGAUGGGAUCAUCAAAUGCCAUGGGAAGGCUCUAUGUACAAGAACUGCCUGGAAGCCAGCAACAAGAACUCCACCCCGUCUACCCCCGGCAAAGAUUGGGCAGCAGUGAACAUGGACAGAAAUCUCCAUUCCGUGGCAGCCAUGGAGGCCUGCCCAGCCCAGCGUCGUCAGGAUCCCAGAUUUAUGGAGAUGGCUCAAUCUCUCCGAGGACUGACCCACUUGGAAGCCCUGAUGUUUUCACAAGAAAUAAUCCUGGUUUUCAUGGAGCUCCCAAUUCCAGUCCUAUUCACCUGAAUAGGACUCCUCUCUCUCCACCUUCAGUAAUGCUACACGGUUCUCCUGUACAGUCAUCCUGUGCAAUGGCUGGAAGGACUAAUAUACCUCUUUCCCCAACCUUGACUACAAAGAGUCCAGUAAUGAAAAAACCAAUGUGUAAUUUUUCAAAUAAUAUGGAAAUACCACGAGCAAUGUUCCACCACAAACUACCCCACGGCCCACCUCCCCCUCCUCCACCUUCUUGUGCUCUUCAGAAAAAGCCAUUAACAUCUGAGAAAGAUCCACUUGGCAUUCUUGACCCUAUUCCUAGUAAACCGGCGAAUCAGAACCCUGUUAUCAUUAAUCCAACUAGUUUCCAUUCAAAUGUCCACUCUCAGGUACCUGUGAUGAAUGUAAGCAUGCCUCCUGCUGUUGUUCCUUUGCCAAGUAAUCUCCCUUUGCCAACCGUAAAACCUGGUCACAUGAAUCAUGGGAGUCAUGUUCAAAGAGUUCAGCAUUCAGCUUCAACCUCCCUGUCCCCUUCUCCAGUGACAUCCCCAGUGCACAUGAUGGGGGCUGGAAUCGGAAGGAUUGAGGCUUCGCCCCAAAGAUCACGCUCAUCUUCCACAUCAUCAGAUCAUGGAAAUUUCAUGAUGCCACCUCUAGGACCCCAAGCGGCUUGCAGUGGUAUUAAGGUUCCACCCAGGUCACCAAGGUCAACAAUAGGGUCCCCACGGCCAUCAAUGCCAUCAAGCCCUUCCACCAAGUCCGAUGGACAUCAUCAGUACAAGGAUAUCCCUAACCCAUUAAUUGCUGGAAUGAGUAAUGUACUAACUACCCCAAGCAGUGCCGCUUUUCCUGCUGCACCUGCCGGAAGUGGUUCUGUAAAGAGUCAGCCUGGUUUGCUGGGAAUGCCUUUAAAUCAGAUCUUGAACCAGCACAAUGCUGCCUCCUUUCCAGCAAGUAGUUUACUCUCAGCAGCAGCCAAAGCACAGCUAGCAAAUCAAAACAAACUUGCUAGUAACAACAGUAGCAGCAGUAGCAAUUCCGGAGCUGUUGCUGGCAGUGGCAACACUGAAGGACAUAGCACUUUAAACACCAUGUUCCCUCCUACUGCCAACAUGCUUCUCCCAACAGGUGAAGGGCAAAGUGGUCGAGCAGCGCUACGAGAUAAGCUGAUGUCUCAGCAGAAAGACUCAUUGCGGAAAAGAAAACAGCCUCCUACCACAGUUUUGAGUUUGCUCAGACAGUCUCAAAUGGAUAGUUCUUCAGUUCCUAAACCUGGACCCGACUCGCUGAGGAAGCAAAGUCAGGGUUCUUUCCCCAUCAGUUCAAUGUCUCAGUUACUACAGUCUAUGAGUUGUCAAAGCUCUCACUUGAGUAGCAAUAGUACCCCGGGUUGUGGGGCCUCCAAUACUGCUUUGCCUUGCUCUGCUAACCAGCUGCAUUUUACAGACCCCAGUGUGAACUCCAGUGUUCUUCAGAAUUCACUGACACAGAACAUCCCCGUCCGAGGGGAAGCCGUGCACUGCCACAACGCAAACACUAACUUUGUUCACAGUCACAAUUCAGUCCCCAACCACCAUCUUGCAGGUUUGAUCAAUCAGAUUCAGGCUAGCGGGAACUGUGGGAUGCUCAGUCAGUCGGGCAUGGCUUUAGGAAACUCAUUACAUCCCAAUCCACCUCAGUCAAGAAUUUCAACGUCCUCCACUCCAGUGAUACCAAACAGCAUUGUUAGCAGCUAUAAUCAAACAAGUUCUGAAGCAGGCGGUUCAGGACCCUCAUCCUCCAUUGCCAUCGCUGGCACCAGCCAUCCUGCCAUCACCAAGACAACAUCUGUUCUCCAGGACGGCGUCAUCGUCACCACCGCGGCUGGAAACCCACUGCAGAGUCAGCUGCCCAUCGGGAGUGACUUUCCUUUUGUUGGCCAGGAGCACGCACUUCAUUUUCCAUCCAACAGCACUUCAAACAACCAUCUUCCACACCCCUUGAACCCCAGCCUCCUCAGUUCUCUACCUAUCUCUUUGCCAGUGAAUCAACAGCAUCUCCUAAACCAGAAUCUAUUAAAUAUCCUCCAGCCUUCAGCGGGAGAAGGCAAGUCUGAGAUCAACCUCCACCCUUUAGGUUUUCUCAACCCGAAUGUAAACGCUGCUUUAGCUUUUCUCUCCGGUGACAUGGAUGGGCAGGGAUUGCAGCCUGUCCACUUUCAGCUCUUAGCGGCCCUGCUUCAGAACCAAGCCCACGCAGCUGCCAUGCUUCCCCUGCCAUCUUUCAAUCUGACCAUCUCAGAUCUUUUUCAACAGCAAAAUACCCCUUUACCCUCCUUAACACAGAUGACAGCCCCACCAGACCAUUUGCCAAGCAAUCAGUCAGAGAACAGCCGAGCUGAGACCCUUUUAACCAGCCCCCUGGGGAACCCUUUACCCAGCUUUGCAGGCAGUGACACUACUUUUAACCCCCUGUUCCUCCCAGCUGUCACUGGGGCCUCAGGAUUAAUGGCCUUGAAUCCCCAGCUGUUGGGAGGUGUCCUGAACUCAGCAUCGGCCAACACCGCUAAUCAUCCAGAGGUUUCCAUAGCAACUUCCUCCCAGGCAACCACUACCACAACCACUACAUCAUCAGCAGUGGCAGCACUGACUGUCUCAACACUUGGUGGGACAGCAGUGGUGUCAAUGGCAGAAACAUUGCUGAAUGUAUCUAAUAGUGCUGGGAACACACCUGGUCCAGCUAAACUCAACAGUAACUCUGUGGUGCCACAGCUACUUAACCCUCUACUGGGGACAGGUCUGCUUGGUGACAUGUCCUCAAUAAACAAUACUUUGAAUAAUCAUCAACUGACUCAUCUACAGUCGCUGUUAAACAACAAUCAGAUGUUUCCUCCAAAUCAGCAGCAGCAGCAGCAGAUUCUUCAGGGGUACCCGAAUCUCCAGGCAUUCCAAGGACAGCCCACAAUUCCCUGCCCAGCUAACAAUAACCCCAUGGCUUGUCUGUUUCAGAACUUUCAGGUGAGAAUGCAGGAAGAUGCAGCUCUCCUAAACAAAAGAACAAGCACUCAGCCGGGGCUCACUGCACUUCCUGAGAAUCCGAACACUACACUUCCACCUUUCCAAGAUACAGCUUGUGAGUUGCAACCGAGGAUUGACCCAUCCCUUGGCCAGCAGGUGAAGGACGGCCUCAUUGUGGGUGGCCAAGGUGAUGCUUCCGUAGAUGCCAUUUACAAGGCAGUUGUCGAUGCUGCCAGCAAAGGAAUGCAGGUUGUCAUCACCACAGCAGUCAACAGUACAACUCAGAUCAGCCCCAUUCCAGCUCUGAGUGCCAUGAGUGCCUUCACUGCUUCGAUUGGUGACCCAUUAAGUCUCCCCAGUGCUGUCAGUGCAGUCAUUCAUGGACGGAACAUGGGCAAUGUCGAUCACGAUGGUAGGCUGAGGAAUGCAAGAGGGCCCCGGCUGCCCAGGAAUCCGGACCAUGGGAAAAACUCACACGAAGGAGAUGGGUUUGAAUAUUUCAAGUCAGCAACUUGCCACGCAUCUAAAAAACAGUGGGAUGGGGAGCAGAGCCCUGGAGGGGAGCGAAACAGGUGGAAGUGUGAGGAAUUUUUAGAUCAUCCAGGCCAUAUUCACAGUAGUCCUUGUCACGAAAGGCCCAACAAUGUCUCUACACUGCCAUUUCUGCCUGGGGAACAGCACCCAAUACUGUUACCACCAAGAAACUGUCAAGGGGAUAAAAUUCUGGAGGAAAAUUUCAGGUAUAAUAACUACAAAAGAACUAUGAUGAGUUUCAAGGAGAGACUAGAGAACACUGUGGAAAGAUGUGCACACAUCAAUGGGAACAGACCUCGACAGAGUCGUGGCUUUGGAGAGCUGCUGAGCACCACAAAGCAAGACCUGGUCCUAGGGGAGCAGUCUCCAAGCUCCUCAAAUAGUUUGGAAAGUUCUCUGGUCAAAGACUACAUCCAUUACAAUGGAGACUUUAAUGCCAAAAGCAUUAAUGGGUGUGUGCCUAGCCCUUCAGACGCUAAAAGCAUUAGUAGUGAAGAUGACCUACGGAAUCCAGACUCCCCCUCUUCAAACGAGUUGAUACAUUAUAGGCCAAGGACGUUCAAUGUUGGCGACUUGGUCUGGGGCCAAAUCAAAGGACUGACUUCCUGGCCUGGAAAAUUAGUAAGAGAAGACGACGUUCACAAUUUAUGUCAACAAAGCCCUGAGGAAGGGAAGGUGGAGCCCGAGAAGCUGAAGACACUAACAGAAGGUUUAGAAGCCUACAGCCGAGCCCGGAAAAGAAACAGAAAAAGUGGAAAGCUAAAUAACCAUUUAGAAGCUGCUAUUCAUGAGGCCAUGAGUGAACUGGACAAAAUGUCUGGGACUGUUCACCAAAUCCCACAUGGAGACAGACAAAUGAGGCCCCCCAAACCCAAGAGGAGGAAGAUCUCCAGAUAACAGGGACUACUCCACCAUGCACAGUGUUGAUGAAAGGAACGUGCACAGAUAUAUCUGUAUAUAGGUAUUGAUAUAGCCACCGUUAUAUCAAUAUUUAUACUAUGGCAGAGAGCUACAUCCACCACAGGGUGCUAAAAGAAACAGUGAUACAAUAUUUUUUUGAUCAGGAAGGAUAAUGAAUGCUGGAAAAACCAAUCAAAAUCCCUGAGUGAUGGGCGUGAUAAAUGGUCAAGAGAUGACUGAGAAACCCUUUUUUUCUAUAACACUAAAAUUGUGAUUAUAAGAGAUAGUCCAAAUGUUUCUGAAGACUUUUCAAUGUUGUAUAUAGAAAAUACAGAAUUUCAUGGUGAUAUCAGAAAUGUAAAUAUUGUACAAUAUUGUCAUGUACAAGCGUACUUAAUGCACACUUUAUCUUUUAUUGUACAAAGAAAUAGUGUACAAAAUUCUUUGGUUUCUAUGGAGUACACCUACCAGAGACUACCAGUGUAAAGUGAUGAAUAAAAAUACAACCUAAAUGCUUUUCUAUGAUAAUGUAAAAGAUGCUGUUUUUGUAUUUAACAGCAGAGAAAAGGCAUGAUGAUGUGUAUUCCCUGAAUUAUGACAUACACUGCACACCACUGAGUGUCCAUUUAUAUUGUCUGUUUGGACGCACCUGGCCUGCAAGCACUGGACUUGACCUCGGGUGUCUAGGAAGUCGAAACCUUGCGGAUUUCUAAAGGGUUGAGGGCUCACAGGUCUAAAUUAAGAAUUCAGAAACUGCAACCAUUUGUUGCAUAUUUUUUUUACCUAAGUUUUAAAGUAGAAUAGGUUUUAUAAAAAAAAAAAAUCUUGGAAUAUUUUACUCAGUCAUUUCUGUAGGUAACGUUUGAUAGCCACCUAUUGAACUAGAUUGCUUAUGCUGCACCACCGUGAUGCUCAGAGCUAAGUUUCUUUGCAAACAAUACCUGAUAAGAUAAAACUUUCUUCUGUUCCUGUACAUGGAGGCUAAAGCCCCACUUUGAAAUCAUCAUCAGAGGGAAGGUUGGUUAUAAUUCAGUUUUCCUUUGGGGGCAAAAAGAAAUAUGAAUCAUCAAAGCAAGUUUCAUAUAUCCAUCCAUUUAUCAGUAUUACUUAAUCCGCAAGCUAAGGUGGCUUUCAAAAUUAUUAGCAAUGGUAAUUUUUUAUCAGUAUUAUGUAACAUAUCAGAUUUAUUUUAUUUAAAGAAUUAUUUAUACCAUUAACAGAUUCUUAUAUAUAUAUAUAUAUAUUAAUGUGGCUGAAAUGUGCAGGUUAAAUCUAUUAACCAAAUUAUUUAUAUUAUAUUAAAUAAGAAACAAAUUUGAAACAAAUGUAGAAAGAAAAUACUACAUUACAAGUAUACAAGCCUAAAACUGUGAGCCAUUGUAAAGUACAAGGUUAUUAAUAAGAAAUGUAGCACAACAUAAUUUUCUGUCUUUUUUUUUUUUCACAAUUUUUGUGGUGGUGGUAUAACCCUAUCUCCCAAGCAAUUGAACAAAUUUUCAGGCCUCCAGCCAGGCUUCUGUUGAUGUAUUGUCAAAAGAAGUCCAUUAUUCCUUUAUUUUUCCUACGACCAGCCCCACCCCCAAAUUCUUACUCCCCUAGGGAGCGCUGCCUUGUCCCCCUAGCCAGGGCUCACUCAACAGCUUAGUGAUCAGGCUGCUGGGAGGCCCUCCAAUAGCUUACCCUUACUCCUCCUCUCUUAUCCAUCCCCCAAACUCCUCAGUCCCAUGACGUAGCAGAGUUCCAGUAACUCAGGAAAAAGGAGACCAAGGUCAUUCCUCCAACUGGUUUCUUGGGGCCACAGUACAGAACACUCCCCCUGGGCUGUUCUGUAAUAUCAGCAGCUCUGAAUUCUUCCCCCAGGUCUCCUGUGUCUCUGUGUCCUUUCCACUCCCACCCUCAGCCCUGUCCCCAAGAAACUGGCCACACUGGGCUCCAUGGGCUGGAGGGAGGGACCCUUCCUUCUGGGGUAGGUUCGUUUUGUCUUUCCCCAGUCCUAGAGUCAUCUUUUGUGUAGUUGAGUUGGCACAUUUUUGUAAUUAGUUGAUGUGUUCAGUGUGUUUCAACCAUUAACGUUGUCCAUUUUUUGUGCACCAAUCUGCUUUUCUACUGUUUUGUUUUAUAUGAUUGAUUUCAGUCACAGAUAGGUGCCUAUGUCUAUCUGGGCAUGUGUGUGUGUGUGUGUGUGUGUGUGUGUGUGUGUGUGUGUGUGUUUUGAUAUGUACAAAUUUCUUCAGCCUUUGCUUUUUUGACUUCAGACUGAGUUUGUGUCAAUCAAGCCUUCUUUUUGAUAUUUUAAACUAACUGGGUUUGUGCUUCCCCCACCCAUGUAUACUUUACAUCAGUAGACCAUGUAAAGUAUGUUUGCACCCAUGAUUUCAUUGGCUGCUCACAGCUUUGAUGUGGGUGUUAUGUGUGGUUGUUUCAGUCCACCAGGGUUUUUUCCCCCCUUUCUCUUUUACAGUUAUAUGAUUUCAUGUAAGCAGUUAAUGUAAACAUUGUUGGCAUGACAGGUCAUGCAGUGCUGUAACAUUUUUUUUAAAUGUUGCACCUACUUUACAAUUAAAAAACUGGUCACCAUACUUAAAUUUUGCCCAUAGAGCCAUUUCUUUCUCUUUGUAUUAAAGCCAAUUCAUUUUUUUUAAAUGAAGGCUAGCCCUUCUACAUUGUACAUUUUUUUUAUUCCCUAAAAUAAACUUUUCCCCCUAAUAUAUCUGAGAAUGGAAACAGAAUGAAAAUGUUUUGCUCCUUUUAAGAACUUAAUAGCUCCCCUUGAAAAAGGCAAACUGAUUUUAUUCUGUUCCCCUAACAGUCUUAGGAAGCACAAGGAGAAUAAACUAUACCUUUAUGUAGUUUCCAAAGAUUAUUUCCAACAAGUGGAAAUUAACAGAGCAGCUCUUGUUUGAUUUGUCUUGUUUGUGGCAUUAAAAACAAUCAGGGUUUUUAUUUAUUUAAAGGAACAUUUCAAUUCUAUUGUGAAUAUCAAUACUUUAAGAAGAAUAUUCAUCCCUUGUGAUAUCAUGGGCCACUUUUCGUCUUUUAAUUAGACCCUGACUUUGAGUAAUUUGCUGUGUCCGUUUUUUUAAGUAAUCACAACCUUCAGUUUUGAACAUACAGCAUAAUUGUGGGAGGAGCAGAGGGCAGUUUUUUGUUUUCCGUUAAGUUUUAUGAAAAUUCUCAACUGACUUAUCCCAUGAGGAGAUUCCUUUUUCAUUUCAGAGUGCAGUUACUUUGGUAAUCGUCCGUGCUGUGUGCAACGUUCCUGUGUAAGUCACAGGCCAUUCUGCACUGAGAUUUUAAAAUCUAAGAUGCGUAAGAUGCUAGUGACAUUGCUCUUUGUGCAAAGAAAGCCAAGGAUUCUAGACCUUACCGAAAAUCUGAAAUCUUGUUUACAUUGCCCAUUUUUGCCCAAAUAGUGUAACACAAGACUCAAGACAUGUCACUGUCAUGUAUAAAAUGAGUUAUGCAAUACUUUAUUGAUGUGGGGGCUGUGGCCAAAUUAAUAACCUGAUAUUAAGAACUGUAAUAUUGAAUUAGUUUAUCUUUUUCUUUCAUUCACUCUAUCACAUUUGCAUUAGCCAAAGAGAUAAGAACAUUAGUAAUUCAUGUGUGUAAAAAAAAAAACCCUAGUGAUUUUUAAAUCAGUGAGCCAAAAAGCAAUAAACAAUUCCAGCAUGGGAUAUCCUGCUAAGAGUAGGGAGUCGGAUGGAGAAAAAAUAUACAAAAAGCAUUUUCUUAAAUAUGAAAGAUUAAUUUGUAUCUACUGUAAAUAUGUAUUAUCAGCCUUACCUGCUUUUAUACACACUGUGUGUGUACUUCAGUGACCUUUUAUAAACCGGGAAAAAAAAUGGUUGAUUUACUGAUUUGUUAUGUAAAUACAAAGUUGUCUAUAAAUUGGAAAAUUUGAUGCCGGAUGGCUUCACAAUAUACAAAUGUGUUUUGUAA